AUAUACAACUGGAAUUGGAUAAUAUGGGAAGCAAAGCAAGAAACAAACAUCCACCCGAUCUCCACAGAAAGAAAGCAGAAAACUUGGAGUCAAAAUCAAGGGUUGUUUGUUGUCGAAAUCAAAAAGGGAUGUGUUUCAGAGUGGAAUGCAAGCAAUGUGGGAAGACGUCGUGGGGAGGAUGUGGGAAGCACUUGAAGGAUCUCUACGCUGGCAUCGAGCAGGGAAAGCAUUGCAUGUGCCGCUCAUGGCCUGGUGUUGCCGUACCGAACCAGCAUCAGGGUAAGACAGCUACUCAGCAACAAUCUCUGGCUUCUGCCUCAGGUAAGUAAGUGGCUUGCAGGUGUCUCCUCCCUGCGGUAGCAUAAUAGCAAUAGAGAUUUGGAAUAAUGGUAGCUAAAAAGCCAGUUUGGGAUGAAUAUCAUCGUAUUCAUCUAGGGUUUUGCUUAAUUUAAAUUUGGAAUAAUGUGCAGGUUAUGGUCAAGAGGCAUUUGACCAACUCCAACCUGCCUUUUUAUUUUUCUCGUGUUUGGAUUUGAAUAAUGUUAACAAUAACUAGAAUUAUAU